AUGCGACGCAAGGGCAACCGCUAUAAUGGCGGGCGCACCCAUGAGAAUGGCAAAGGACGUGUCUGGUCGCAAGUGGAGCACGGCUCGCAGGAGGAGGAGCUCGCCCCGCCAGCAGCUACUCCGCUUAUGCAGGCGGCGGAACCAGCGCCGCUUGUGGCCGCCAAGACAGUUCGCUUGGGGAAGGAUCGCGAAGGGAAAACAACGCUUACGGAGUGGUACAAUCGGCCUGACCACGAAAUGAGCUACUUCAUUGGCGACGGCGAUGCUGACAGUGAGGAGGCUGAGAGGCGGACCACUGUCGACCUGAGCGUAGCUGUCCGAGGACUGUGCUCGGAGUACUUCGAGUGCCACGUCUCGCCUCUUUUGCGAUCUUUGCAGAACACAACGGAGCAGCAUCAGCUCAGGUUGCAGGAGUUGCAGGACCUCGUUGGGAAGGACCUGCGCGAGACUGUCGCCGUAGAGGUAGCUCGGCGGAACGAGCAGAAUGCUGUAAGCACUCUGGUGCGGCUGCAGGAGAUCUCCGCAUCACUGCAGAGGAAGGCAGACUCUGGCAGCGUUCCUACGUUGGCGCAGUGGAAGGCAUGA